AUGGAGGCACACGUGGCCGAGGUGGAGGCCGCCAGGACCAGUUUGGAAGGAAGACCUGGUGACUCAGGCUUGGGCGCCUUGAGCCCCUUGGCCAACUUGGGCAACUUGGGCAACUUGGGCACCUCCUCACAGGCCACCACGCAGAUGGAUCCGGCGUACACGUCGCCCGCCAUGGUCGGCCCCCGUUCCUCGGGGCAGUCAUCGGCUGUAGUGACUGCGGAGAAGAUUCUUAGAGCUUGGGACAGCCACGAUGAGCUCGAGUCCGCCACAGGCAGCGGGCCCUUCAGCAUCGACUACCCGAAGCAGACUUUUCAGUCCGACCUCACCACGAGCCAAAGUAGCCCAGCAAGGGGAUCUCUCAAGCAGUGUCUCCUUUCUCCGACUUUCGAGGUGUUGAUGUCAGCGCUCGUGCUCCUCAACCUGGCCUGGAUGGCUGUCUGGUGCCUAGGAUACACGCUUGGAAUUUGUUCUUGUCCCGAGUUUGGGCCUAAAGUUCUAGAGUCCUAG